CCACGACCACCUUUUUCCGGCUCAAAACAAAUUCACUUUUUUAUUUUCCACCGUUAGAUCCUGGAUUGUUAUCCAACGGUCGUCAUUAAGCUCUCACACUAGGUCCCUCUGUAAUUUCUUAUUUAAACGACCCUUCUCUCUGUCUUCUUCCUCAGGAACCAAACUCCAACUUACUUCACCAACAAUUCAAAAUCUUUCCCUUCACCAACAAUUUAAAAACUCGAACCCGAUGGGUCAGAUCAAAGGAUCAGUACACCAAAACGGCCAAAUCGAGGCGAUGUUAUGCGGCGGAGCAGAGAAGACGAAAGUGAUGGUGAAAACAAUGGCGUUGAAGACUGUGGCGGUGAAGACCGUGGCGGCAAAGACUGUAGAGGAUCCGUUUAACUGGGUUUCUGCGGCGGAGCAGAUGAAAGGGAGCCAUUUGGAUGAGGUGAAGAGGAUGGUUGAGGAGUAUCGGAGACCGGUGGUGAAUCUCGGAGGAGAGACGCUGACGAUCGGACAAGUGGCGGCAAUCUCCACCGUUGGUGGUGGUUAUAAGGUUCAGCUGGCGAAGGCUUCGAAAGCCGGCGUUAAAGCUAGCAGCGAUUGGGUCAUGGAGAGUAUGAAGAAAGGCACUGACCGUUACGGUGUAACCACCAGCUUUGGAGGUACUUCUCACGGAAGACCCCAAAACGACGUCGCACUUCAGAAGGAACUCAUUAGAUUUGCGAACGCCGGAAUAUUCGGGAGCACGAAAGAAUGCCACACGCUGCCGCAAUCCGCCACGAGAGCCGCCAUGCUCGUCCGAGUCAACACUCUCCUCCAAGGAUUCUCCGGCAUCCGAUUCGAAAUCCUCGAAGCAAUCACCAGUCUCCUCAAUCACAACAUCACUCCUUCUCUCCCCCUCCGUGGAACCGUAACUGCCUCCGGCGAUCUCGUUCCCCUCUCCUACAUCGCUGGCCUCCUCACCGGCCGUCCCAAUUCCAAAUCCACUGGUCCCAACGGUGAAUCUCUAACGGCGGAAGAAACCUUUAAGAAAGCCGGAAUCAAUUCUGGAUUCUUCGAUCUGCAGCCCAAGGAAGGGUUAGCACUCAUCACCGGCACGGCGGUUGGAUCUGGAAUGGCUUCGAUGGUUCUAUUCGAAGCGAAUGUUCAAUCGGUUUUGGCGGAGGUUUUAUCAGCGAUUUUCGCGGAAGUGAUGAGCGGGAAACCUGAGUUCACCGAUCAUUUGACUCACAGAUUGAAGCACCACCCAGGGCAAAUCGAAUCGGCGGCGAUAAUGGAGCAUAUCCUCGACGGAAGCUCUUACAUGAAAUUGGUUCAAAAGCUUUACGAGAUGGAUCCAUUGUAUAAGCCGAAACAGGAUCGCUACGCUCUCCGUACUUCUCCACAAUGGCUCGGCCCUCAGAUCGAAGUAAUCCGUCAGGCGACGAAAUCGAUCGAGCGUGAAAUCAACUCCGUGAACGACAAUCCGUUGAUCGACGUCUCCCGGAACAAGGCGAUUCACGGCGGAAACUUCCAGGGGACUCCAAUCGGAGUUUCAAUGGACAACACGCGUCUCGCGAUCGCAGCGAUUGGGAAGCUCAUUUUCGCUCAAUUCACGGAGCUUGUUAACGAUUUCUACAACAAUGGCCUUCCUUCGAAUCUAACAGCUUCAAACAACCCAAGCUUGGAUUACGGAUUCAAAGGAGCAGAGAUCGCCAUGGCUUCUUACUGCUCGGAGCUGCAAUACUUAGCGAAUCCAGUCACAAGCCAUGUUCAAUCAGCUGAACAACACAACCAAGGAGUGAACUCUCUCGGACUAAUCUCGUCUCGUAAAACCUCUGAAGCCGUCGAGAUUCUCAAGCUAAUGUCCACGACGUUCGUCGUCGCGAUAUGCCAAGCGGUUGAUCUGAGACAUUUGGAGGAGAAUCUGAGACAAACGGUGAAGAACACAGUUUCUCAAGUAGCUAAGAAAGUCAUAACCACUGGAUUCAACGGCGAGUUGCUUAAGGUCGUUGAUCGUGUACAAGUGUUCACAUACAUUGACGAUCCUUGUAACGCCACGUAUCCACUGAUGCAGAAGCUAAGACAAGUCAUCGUCGAUCAUGCUUUAUCCAACGGUGAGACUGAGAAGAACACAGUGUGUUCAGUCUUUCAAAAGAUCGGAGCUUUUGAGGAGGAGCUCAAGGCGGUGCUUCCGAAGGAAGUGCAAGCGACGAGGGCGGCUUAUGGUAACGGAACUGCGACGAUUCCGAACAGGAUUAAGAAAUGCCGGUCGUAUCCACUGUAUCGAUUCGUGAGGGAAGAGCUGGGAGCAAAGUUGUUGACCGGAGAAAAAGUUGUGUCUCCCGGAGAAGAGUUUGAUAAGGUUUACACUGCGAUGUGUGAAGGUAAGAUUAUUGAUCCGUUGAUGGAUUGUCUCAAGGAAUGGAACGGAGCUCCGAUUCCGAUUUGCUAAGAGAGAAACUUCCUCUGUUCUGUUAUGUUCUGUUUUAAUUUGGUUGUUUUUGCUGUUUUGUUUCUUUGUUUGGAUUGAGUGUUUACGAGUGAAUGGUGCCACUUUGUAUGAUAUAAAUAAAGUGAAUGGUGGUGUCACUUUGUGUGAUAUAAAUAAAAUUGUCGUAUAAAAAUUAUCAAAACUUAUUAGUUUUAUGUUGCAAA